AUGACUCAAGCCAAACCUGUAGCCACAUCGCUUGCUACAACAGAUAAUCUCAAACUUCAAGAUGGUUAUUCACUAGCUGAUGCUACUUUGUACCGGCAAACACUUGGGCUGUUGUUAAAUUCUUACUACGGUAUCUCGUCGGCACUAUCGAUCAUGGACUUAUGUUAUGUAAAAGGACCACAAACACUUCAUACAUUUGCUGAUGCGGAUUGCGCAGGAGAUCCCACAGAUCGAUCUUCAACAUCUACCAAUGUUAUCUUUCGUGGUGUCAAUCCCAUCUCUUGGAGCUGCAAAAAGCAAAAAACAGUUGCAAGGUCAUCAACCGAGGCUGAAUACCGUGCUAUUGCAUCCGCUGCCAGAGAGUUAAAUUGGAUCAUGAAUUUGCUUCAAGAGUUGCGAGUUUCGGUGCCUUCUAUAUCUGUUAUAUAUUGUGACAACAUAAUUGCCACUUAUGUUUGCACGAACCCUGUAUUUCACUCUCGCAUGAAGCACAUUGCCAUUGAUUUCCACUUCGUACGAGAACAAGUGACUGCUAAGCGACUUCGAGUUUUUCACAUUCACACAUAUGAUCAGCUUGUCGACUCACUUAUUAAACUUCUUGCUCGUACUCAAUUGCUCAAUCAUAGAAACAAGAUUGGUGUCCUUAACGGCCAAUCAAUCUCGCGGGGGCAUGAUAAGAUUGGGAAGUCAACUGGUAACGAAACUUUAAAAGAGUUUUGUUCAUCGAUAAUCGAACUAUAUGGGGAACAAUACUGGCGGUCACCAAAUGAACAUGAUAUUCACCGUCUUCUACAAGAAGGUGAAUCACGAGGUUUUCCAGGCGGAAAUAAUGAUAUUAACGUCUUGGAUCAUUCUCCACUUUUUGAUAAUAUGAUACAUGGUAGAAUGCCUCCGGGUAAUCAACUUAUAUCCAUGAGUCUUGCUGCUAGGACAGUGUCUCGAUAUGACAAUCGAAUGUAUGCAGUUGGGACUCGACUUCUGCGUAGAGAAGGUGUUUCGUCCCGCAUACCUCCCAUACCUGCUAUACCUUCUCCGACACGAGGUAGAUAUAACAGAAGACACUUCAGCACUGCCGAAUUGUAG